CACAGGUUGGGGACAUCAGAAAAGGGACAGUGGGACAAGGUAGGGGACUUGGAAGUGCGUGGUGGGAUAGCUUGGGGACAUCGGGGACGUGGGAUGCUUGAGGAGAUGGGGACGGGUUGGGGACGUCGCGGAGGGGAUCUGGGAUGGGUCGGGGACAUCAGAGGGAUUGGGGACAUGGCGGAGGGGACAGUGGGACAGGUUGGGGAUGUCAUGGAGGGGGUGGGGACGUGGGACUAGCGUGUGAGGACAAGUUGGGGACAUCACAGAGGGGAUGUGGGACGUGUUGGUGACAGGAGGUGGACAUCAAGGGGUUGGGGACAUCAGAGUGGUGACAAGUCGGGAACAUCAAGGAAGGGUUGGGGACCAGGGGACGUUGGGGACGUGGGGAUGGAUCUGGGACAUGGGGGAUGUUGGCGAGAGGACGUGGGGUGCCCGGGGGACCAGGAUGUCCUGGGGACAUCAGAGAAGGGACCCUUCACCUUGGGGACACGGGAGUCACAGCUGGCCGGAUGUCCCCAUCCCCAGGGAGCUGCGCUGAGGUGGAGCAGGGACAGGGACACGCUGGGAGGGGAGGGGGACGUCGGGAGGGGCUGGGGACGCGUGACGCAAGUGGUGACACCGUGUCCCUGGUGGUCACCGCGUCCCCUCGCUGUGUCCCCGCAGUCCCUGUCCUUGCGCCUGCCCCGUGUCCCCCCCCGCCAUGUCUGACCCGUGCCACCACGGUCCUGUGCUUGCCCCGUGUCCCCAUCCCCAUGUCCCUGUCCCCCUUGUCCCCACGUCAUGGUGUCCCUGCGGGCGGUGGAGUCCCCAUGGAUGACUGUCCCCAUGCAUCGUGGUGUCCCCACGGGUGCUGGUGUCCCUGUGGGUCAUGGUGUCCCCAGGGAUGACUGUCCCCACAUGUCAUGGUGUCCCCAUGGGUGCUGGUGUCCCCAGGGAUGACUGUCCCCAUGCAUCAUGGUGUCCCCAUGGGUCAUGGUGUCCCCAGGGAUGACUGUCCCCAUGGGUGAUGAUGUCCCCAUAGGUGGUGGUGUCCGCAUGGAUGACUGUCCCCAUGGGUCACAGUGUCCCCAUGGGUCACGGUGUCCCCAUGGGUCACGGUGUCCCCAUGGAUGACUGUCCCCACGUGUCACGGUGUCCCCACGUGUCAUGAUGUCCCCAUGGGUGCUGGUGUCCCCAGGGAUGACUGUCCCCAUGCGUCAUGGUGUCCCCAUGGGUCAUGGUGUCCCCAUGGAUGACUGUCCCCACAUGUCAUGGUGUCCCCACGGGUACUCGUGUCCCCAUGGAUGACUGUGCCCACGUGUCGUGGUGUCCCCGCGGGUGGUGGUGUCCCCGCGAGUGACGAUGUUCCCCACGCCCUGGUGCCCAGCGGCGCCCCUGUGUCUGACGGCGUCCCCCGCGGGUGACGGUGUCCCCGCGUCCCAGGAUGCCGUUCGGGGCGGUGCUGGCGCAGGUCGGGGGGCUGGGACGUUUCCAGGUGCUGCAGACGGCGCUGCUGGCGGUGCCCAUCCUGCUCAUGGCCAGCCACAACCUGCUGCAGAACUUCACCGCCGCCGUCCCCCCCCACCGCUGCCGCGUCCCCGGCGGCGUCCCCCGUCCCGGUGCCACCCUAGGGCCACCCGGAGCCACCCCUGAUGGCACCUCGGCGGCUUCCGGUGGCACCUCGGCGGCCUCCGAUGGCACCUCGAGGUCCUCCGACGCCAUCCCGAGGUCUCCUGACGUCACCUUGGGGUCCCCCGACGGCACCGCCGUCCCCGGUGCCGCCCGCGUCACCCUCGAUGGCGCACCGGGGUCCCCCGACGGCAGCGGCGUCCAGCCCGAUGCCACCCUGUGGUCCUCUAACGGCACCCUGGGGCCCACUGGUGCCACCCUGGGGCCCACUGGUGCCACCCCGGGGUGGUCCAACGGCACCCUGGGGCCCCCCGAUGCCGCCCUGGGGUCCUGCCGGCGCUACGUGGCCUCGUCCCUCGCCAACGACAGCACCGGCCCCCGGCCCACCGAGCCUUGCCGUGACGGUUGGGACUACGACCGCAGCAUCUACGUGGCCACCAUCGUCACCGAGUGGGACCUUGUCUGCAGCUACCGGCAGCUUCGGCAGAUGGCCCAGUCCAUCUACAUGGCUGGGGUCCUGGUGGGCGCCCUGGUCCUGGGGGGCCUCUCGGACAGGUUUGGGCGUAAGGCCAUGUUGAUGUGGUCCUACCUGCAGUUGGGGGUGAUGGGGACGUGCACGGCCUUCGCCCCCAACUACGCGUCCUACUGCGUCUUCCGCUUCGCCGGUGGCAUGGCCCUCUCUGGCUUCGGCCUCAGCAUCGCCUGCCUCGUGGUGGAGUGGAUCCCCACGCCCUACCGCGCCAUCACCGUGGCCAUCACCGGCUUCGCCUACACCUUGGGCCAGAUUCUGCUGGCUGGCGUGGCCUACGCUGUCCCCCACUGGCGCUGGCUCCAGCUCGCCGUCUCCCUGCCCUUCUUCAUCUUCCUCCUCUACUCCUGGUGGUUGGCUGAGUCUGCCCGUUGGCUGGUGCUCUCGGGGAAGGCCGAGAGGGCUGUGAAGGUCCUGCAGCGAGUGGCCAGGAUUAACAAGAGAAAGGAGGAAGGGGAGAAGAUCACGGUCGAGAUCCUGAAGUCCAACAUGAAGGAGGAGUUGGCUGGUCUGAAGUCCUCCUACACCAUCUCCGACCUGGUCCGGACCCCAGUCAUCCGCCACAUCUUCUUCUGCCUCUCCAUCGUCUGGUUCUCCAUCAGUUUCUCCUACUACGGGCUGGCCAUGGAUCUGCAAAACUUUGGUGUCAGCAUUUACCUCAUCCAGGUGAUUUUCGGCGCCGUUGACUUCCCGGCCAAAGUGGUGGUGACUGUCUCCCUGAGCUACAUUGGCCGGCGGGUGUCACUCAUGGUGGCCCUCUUCUUGGCGGGGCUGGUCAUCAUUGCCAACAUCUUUGUCUCCACAGAGCUGCAGACGGUGCGCACGGCGCUGGCCGUCAUCGGCAAGGGUUGCCUCUCCGCCUCCUUCAACUGCGUCUUCCUCUACACCACCGAGCUCUACCCCACUCCCAUCAGGCAGACCGGGCUGGGCUUUGGCAGCACCAUGGCCCGAGUGGGUGGCAUCGUGGCACCGCUGGUGAAGAUGAUGGAUGAGUACUACCCCUUCUUGCCCCCUGCGGUCUAUGGGGUGGCCCCGGUGGUGGCAGCCGUGGCGGCCGGGUUCCUCCCAGAGACCCUCAACACGCCACUGCCCGACACCAUCGAGGAGGUGGAGAGCAGGGCCAAGCGGAAGAAGACGGAUGACCCCAAAGAGAAGAUCCCCCUCCAGCCCCAGGACAAGGCUCCACAGAAGGAGGCCUGAAGGACCACGGCGGGCUGUGGGGGGACAGCACCCUAUGCCCGGCCACCAGCAACCACCCUUCCCCACGGGUCCCCACAGCCUUGUUUUGGGGACGGGUACAAAUUCGCUUCCUGCCCCACGGCUGGUGACCUCCCUGUGUGGGGCAGGGGACGUCCUUGGAGGAAUAAAGCAGCUCUGGUGGGGA